AUGUCAAAUCUAACAAACCAAAAGCCUCUUGUCGGCUUCAACACUCGAGCAAACGUCGUCUAUCGCAGCAAGAGUCCUUGGUCUCAGACCAUCUACGCAGAACCUAUCUACGAAGAACCUCCAAGCCCUAUCUACGACCCAAACCAUCCCGACUACGACGCUUCAGUCUACGACAUGCACAUUUCAGGAGAUCUGACUUACAAUCCUGUCAGCCCAGUCUACCAACCCGACGACGCUUCCUCUGCCAGUGACUUCUCCGACAGCGACUCCUCUGACAACGACUCUUCUGAGAGCGAUUCUUCCGACAGCAACUCCUCCGACAGCGACUCCUCCGACAGCGAUUCAUCCGACGACGACUCCUCCGAAGACGAUGUCAUCACAAUCUCAGACGACGAUCACAUUACAAUCUCAGAUGACGAUGUCAUCAUGAUUUCCGAUGAUUCAAUCAUUAGCGUCUCUGAUGAGGAGCCAAUGGAGAUUGACGACGAGCCCGUGCAAGGCUGCGAAGAAUGGGAAACAGCUCGGCAACGCUUCAUCCAGCAUCACAUUGACAUGGGCAACAUCCGAACAGAAACCGACUAA